AAGACCCAAAGUAUUGGAAGAAGAGUUGCAUCAAACAUGUACAUGGCGACAAUCUGUUCCGAUGCAAUUCGACUGUGCACGAGGAAUACUUGGACGCGCGUUGUGCUUACGGAAUGCAGUAUAA